GGUGUUUGAGGUUUACCUCAGCCCCUUCCCGGCCCCAUUCUCCAUACCCGGGGCCCAAGGAUUCCUGCCACUUACUGGUCCCCGCCUCAGGCCCCGUAGCCGCCCGUCAGUCCCGGGGGGAGUUCAGCGUUGCCCUGAGACGCUCAGGACGUCGAUCCCUCCGCUCCUCGGUCCUCUGGUCCGUGUCCGUUUCCGGUUGAAGUCGUUCGGAGGCCUCCCACAGACCCCAGUCCUCUUCUGAAACUCUCGCCAUCCUCGUCCUCCCGCGGCCGGAAGCACGGUCACCGCGUCAGCGAGGCUCGUGGGCCCCGGCCUGACGGCAGAGACGGAUCCCGUGCUAGGAACCCCCGUGUACUUAACGUCCCAAUCCUGCUCCCGCUGGCUGUGUCUGACGCUGUGUUUGCCCUGUCCACAUCCCACUGGAAAAGGGAGCUCUUCCUGGGCAGAGAUCAACUGUGAUCCCAUCCCUUUGAAUGUCCAGUUGUGUCCGCAGGAUGAGGAUACAAGAGGCACAAUAUAGAGAUGGAGGGAGUAAGGGAGAGUCAAGUGGAGGAUGGGAGGUGGGUGGUUACAAUGGACUUUCACAGGAACAGUGACAGUGAGAAAGAAAGUGACCUGGGGAGAAGAUAGUUCAGUAUGUGAAAAGAGACAAAAAGAUCAGUACGGAAAUAGGGACAGAGUAUGUAAUCAGACUUUGACCAACAGUAGCAUUGGGCGAUAGGAGGUUGGAUUGCAGUCUCAUUAAUUUUUUUUUAAUUUCUAAAUUGCUUUCCCUAUUAAAUUAUUUGUCACAUUCAAACUAUGAGGCCACAGUGCUUUUCCUGUCCACUAUAUACUGAAAGUGUUUUGCUGAUUAGUAAAUAAUUUUACAAUAUUUCUGUGUGCAGUUGUUGGAGAUACUGAUGAUUUUUGUCUUGACAUUCAAAACAAAGUUUAAACAGGUAUUCUAAUAUUCAACAUCUUCCUUUUUCUCGAUAUUUUAAUUAUAUGGUCUGAGAGCUAAGGUUUCCAACUAAGUUUAUGAUUUCUUUGAAUUCCCUUUGCCCUUUUUUGUUGUUAUUCUUUCACCAAAUGUCGUGGGAUGGGCUGUAUAGUCCUGGAACCUUUGUUCUAACUUGUCUCAUCAUGAUAAAUACAUUGCUCAAAGGUACUUCCAUACCUGCCUGACCUUGUAUGUUUCCUCAUGCCAAUAAUUAGGUCUUAAUAUUCCAUUUUUGAUGUGUAAAUGUGAUGUUCUGGUAAAAAGAGAAGUUAAAAGCUUUUAAUCAGUAUGAGUAAAACCAUGAAAUAGAGAAGCUGCUCUUGCUCCAGAGAAAUACGGGCAGGAAUUUUCAGGAGCAGGGGUGAGAAGGGCAAGCCUUACCACUAUCAAAUGCAGUCCAACUCAUGUAUACGGCCAGUAAUGGUUACCUCCACUGGCCUCCUUUUCACAUCUCUGCCUGGCCCAAAAUACACACAGCACAGGGAAGCUGGGGAGGGAAAGCCCAAGAAUUUUAUAAAUAAUCGCUGAACAAAGGUAUCUCUCUAGUGAGGAGGUGAGACUUGGCUCUGUGAUGGAAAGGCAAAGCACUUGGGAUGUUAAUGGAUGGAAGGGAGCCUGGGAAGCUCAGAGACUGGAGAAAAGGAAAAGCCUGCACAUCCUUCCUUGGUGGUCCUGUGUUCAGCAUACGCUACAAGAGUGCAAGGAUUGUGACUUGAAUGGGACACAAAGACUCACAUUCCCACGGCUACCACGUGGCGUGUGGGCUUCACCAGGAUUCAGGGUAUUGUGAAGCACAAGCUUUGCCUCCUGUUGCUUGGACUAUAUGAGUGAAAACCCAGAAGACAGAAUGGAAUCACAAGAAUCAGUGACCUUUGAGGAUGUAGCUGUAGACUUUACCCAGGAAGAGUGGACCCUACUGGACUGGUCCCAGAGAAAACUCUUCAGAGAUGUGAUGCUGGAGAACAUAAGUCAUCUAGUCUCAGUUGGCAAACAACUCUACAAAUUAGAUACAAUUUUCCACUUGGAACAAGGAGAGCAACUUUCCACAGAAGGGAUAGGUUUGCUGCAAUGCCAGAGUCUAGAUAGGGAAGAUGAUCUUAAAAAACAAGAAAUAAUAUUCAUGCAACAUAUCUACAAGAAGGACACGACAUUAAUCAGUGCAAUGAAAUCUCACACCCAAGAAGAUCCUUUUGAAUGCAAUGAUUUGGGAGAAAAUUUUACUGAAAUAUUAACGUGGACUCAAUAUGUGGUACCUAAAAUGGGAAAGAAUCCCUAUAUCGGCAACAAAUGUGGACAAGACAGCAGUUAUUUGACAUCCAUUAAUAUACAUAAGCAGAGUCAUGCUACAAGUAAACCAUAUGAAUGUCAUCAAGGUGGGAAUGCCUUUAUUCAAAGCUCUGCCCUUAGACAACCCAAUAAUACUCAAAAUGGAGAGAAAACAUUUGAAUGUCAUGAAUGUGGGAAAGCUUUUGGAAAAAGUUCUAACCUUAGGCGACAUGAGCUGAUUCACACUGGAGUGAAACCGCAUGGAUGUCAUCUAUGUGGGAAGGCCUUCACUCAUUGUUCUGACCUUAGAAAACAUGAGAGAAUUCACACUGGAGAGAAAUCAUAUGGAUGUCAUCUGUGUGGGAAAGCCUUCAGUAAGAGUUAUAACCUUAGGCGACAUGAGAUGAUUCACACUAGAAAAAAACCUCAUGAAUGUCAUCUAUGUGGGAAAGCCUUCACUCAUUGUUCUGACCUUAACAAACAUGAAAGAACUCACUUUGGAGAGAAACCAUAUGGAUGCCAUCUAUGUGGGAAGACAUUCAGUAAAACAUCUUACCUUAGACAACAUGAGCGAACUCAUAAUGGACAGAAACCGUAUGAAUGUCACCUCUGUGGGAAGGCAUUCACUCAUUGUUCUCACCUUAGAAAACAUGAGAGAACUCACACUGGAGAGAAACCAUAUGAAUGUCAUCUAUGUGGGAAAGCCUUCACUGAAUCUUCUGUCCUUAGACGACAUGAGAGAACCCACACUGGAGAGAAACCGUAUGAAUGUCAUCUGUGUUGGAAAGCCUUCACUGACUCAUCUGUCCUUAAACGACACGAGAGAACUCACACUGGGGAGAAACCAUAUGAAUGUCACCUAUGUGGGAAAGCUUUCAAUCACUCUUCUGUCCUUAGACGACAUGAGAGAACUCACACUGGUGAGAAACCAUACGAAUGCAAUGUAUGUGGGAAAGCCUUCAAUAGAAGCUAUAACUUUAGACUGCAUAAGAGAAUCCACACUGGAGAAAAACCAUAUAAAUGUUAUGUAUGUGGGAAAGCCUUCAGUAAAUAUUUUAACCUUAGACAACAUGAGAAAACACAUGUAAAGGUAAUAAAUGCAGAAGAUUCACCACCUAUAGCUUCAAACUAUAAACACACUUGAGGGCCCAAACACCUAAGAAACACUUUGUAUUUCUUACGUAUGGGAAAGUACGUUUGUAUUUCUUACGUAUGUACGUAUGGGAGAGCCUUUAUUCAUCCUUAUGACUUCACUCAACUGAAGUUAAUCCAAAAUGGGAGAGAAUCCAUAUAUGGGCCAUCUGUAUGACAAAGCCUUUAGAUAAUGGACUGACCUGGGAGUCAAUAUAUGACCUGGGAGAAUGUAAAUGAAGUGAGUGUGGAAGAAUUUUCAUCCACAGUUCUGUUAAAGUGGAGAAGUCACAUGUCAGAGAUAAAUCUGUGUCAGUAAUCAAUGUAGACAUACUUUUCAUUUAUCCUUUAAAUAAAUUGCACAGGAAAGAUUCUAGAUCAGUAAUCACUUUGUACUCAUUCAAUUGAGCAACACACUUGCAUGCAGAAGAAAACUCAGUGAUGUGUAUCUGCUAAACCAAGAAAUAAGUGGGAAAGAAUCAUUACUGGGAAGACGAGAAUUUUGUUGCCAAAGGGUUUUGUUCAGUGAGAACUAGGACAUGAAAGUGGCUGAAGACAUUUUGGAGUAUCCUAUUUCCUGAGUGCCUCAUAUACUUACAAUAAUCUCUGUAGUGACAAAAAACACUGGCAAAGCUGAAAGCAGAAGCAAAGACAAUCUGACCUUGCCUAUAUCCUCAUCACAACAGCUACAAAUUCACAAAUCACCAAGAAUGAGACCUGGGAGUCCCAGCACCUCCCACAUGCAAAUGCAGAAAGCUAGGAAAGUAGUUGGUGCUUCUCUACUGCCAGGAUAACAAGAGAAGGCCAAGUCAUUAGUACUCAUUUGAACAUGAUUAGUAAUCCUGCUUCACAAGUAGCAAUAAAGAGAAUGUAGAUGCUUAUUAUUAAUUUAUAAUAUUAUUAUGAGGGAGUAUGCAAUGCCCUUUUCAAUCCCCCACUUUAUUUCUGUUCUUUGGUUUGAAUAUUAUAUAUUAUUGUUGUGUCCUCAAACUGACUUUUGUUUUCAGUGUGUAAAGUCUAUUAAACUCCAUUAAUGUCGGAGGACAUACUUUCUGAAACCUAGAACUACUAAAUUUCUCCAUCUUUUCAUGUUUCUUAUAACCUCUUUUUAGUGUAAUAUAAAAUUUUCCUAACUCCAGUCUCAAGAUACAUGUGGAUUUGUUCAUUUUGUCUUUUUUAUUUUUCCAUUACCUUUCCUGUUUUGCAAUGGUCUGUUUUUUUGUUGUCUUUUUGUUUGUUUGAUUGAUUUCACACGUGGUCUUAAAAAAAGGAAGGGGCUGAAGUUGAUAUUGUUUUACCUAGAGAAGUUUAUUAUUCUCUUACAUCAUUUCUUCCAUUCAGGAAUUGAAAUAGUCAUAAAAACGGGGCACCUGGGUGGCUCAGCUGGUUAAGCAUGCAACUCAGUUUCAGCUC